AGGACAUUUCUCGCACUAAUUAAAUUUCCUUUACCGUUCAUUGCAGGGCCGUCACAACAGUGCAAUAGUCCAAACGUUUUCACAAAGGGCAAAAAGGGUGAGGAGCUUAAAUGCCCAUUUCCUGCCCAUAUUGUCUCCUGGUUCAAAGAUAACAGAUCAAUUAUCAAUGGAACGGAUGAUCUGUAUCAAAUAGAGGCACGGUUAAGCAAUGGAAAUGUUCUUAGCAAGCUAUUCUUCUCCCUUGUCCGUAUGCAGCAUGCUGGAUUCUACACUUGUAAGGCAAAUACAAGUCACAACAAUACAAGAAGCUGUAAAGUACAAGUUUUUGUUGAAUGUAAGUAUUUCAAAUUUCACUAACUUUCAUCACGAGUAUCAAAAGAAUUUAAAAGGACUGUUCUCUCUGUGGUUUUGGGGAUCAUGGAAAAGGUCGCAAAUUUAAACACACACAAAAAAUGAGUUUAGGUGGUCAUGGAAACUAAAUUCUGUGAAACCAGGAAGGACAUAAACGUUGAUUUUGAGAUCUUAAACACACUUCUUAGAUUUCGAUAAAGGGAAAAGGCCCAUGGACGGAGUUGGAAUUUCCGGAAGUCGCUAGUCUUGGUUAUUAGCAGGAAUAAAGUACUGGUUUCUCCAAAAUGUUUUACAAGAAGUACGCGCGAAGUCAACAGCAAAGGGAGAAAGAGUAAUGCAAACUACAAGCGGACGUUUCCAUUACCGACCAGCUCGUUAAAUAAUUCCACGAUGUUUCAAAAAACUGGUUUGCUCAACUCCAAUUUGUGCGUAUAUUCAAGUUUCAAGCUUAAAAAUAUCAAUAUAUAUAAUAUGAAGUUGAAAGAUUACGGGAAUUAACAAAAUUAUCAGCAAAGGGAAAAUGCCUUGAUCCUCUAACAAAUUCUCUCAACCAAUUUUUCAAGAAAUAUAUGGAAAAGAAACCAUACUAGAGAACUUUGGGGCUCACAGGGUAAAAUGAACUUUUGUUCUCAGGUGAGGAAGGCUAUAUCCAAGCAACACCCAACAUGGUCACUGCCUCAGAAACCUCCAACGUAAGCCUGUAUUGCUCGGUACUGGCCAGGGCAGACUGCUGGUUUUUAGAUUCCUUCAAGUUAACAUGGGAGUUUGAAAACGAGACCCUUCAAAACAAUACCAUCAAGUAUACAAUUAGGGAGCAUCAUAUAAACAACAAGUGCAAAAACCAACGAGUACGACUACUGUUUUCUCUGGAAAUUAUCAACGUGACGUAUAAAGAUGAUGGAAAGUACUCUUGUCAGAUGUCUUGCGAUUUGGAAAAAAAGAGCUCCUUGGUUUGGUUGCAUGCGGUCGCGCAGCACACAAAAGGUACAGUCGAAGCUCUCGAAAGCGACCACCUCGGAAAGUUCGAAAAAAGUGGUCGUAACGAGAGCUGGUCGCUUACGAGAAUGAGCUCUCGUAAGCGACGCGUAAAACAAUAA